UUUGUGAACUUCAAUUUAGGGAACCAGUUUAUAAAGGUCGUUUUUAUCGCGCAGUCCUUUCCACAUGUUUGUUUCUACUUUAAGUGGGUAUUAAAUCAUUCUAAAAAGUUUCCAAGUUCCAGGUUUUCAGCCGACAUCCAAGGAAGAGGGACCUUGCCAGUAACCAAGAAGCUGAGAUGUUCAGAAGAGGUCAAGACACGUUUGUAAUGCCUCAUCAACACCAAUGAGACAGAUGAUCACAGGGUGAGGAGAAGAGAGCGGAGGCGUGUUCACAAGCCAUUACGUCUCUGAACUGUUGAUCUAAAAGCUGCUGUCAUGGCAACCGUGUAUGACUGGCAGAAAACAGACUGCAGCCUCUGAGUUGGGCUGUUUUAAGGACGUACGCGCUCUGGGGCAGGCGAGGAGAUAUGGAGAUACCGGAGCAGCCACAGAGUGAAAGGGCAGUGAUGCAGCAUCGUGCAUAUCAACCUCUGCAACCAGCCGGAAACAAAUAUCUUCAGCAGAAAUGGGACAAAGCUUCAUAUGAUUUGCACAGGAGAAAGGUGGAAUCUGCUAAAGCAGUUGUCAACACGUCUCCGCCUAAGACCUAUGGGCAUCUGGCGCUCAAGCUGAAGAAACAACAGCUUGAAGAGGAGUGGACAAGGAAGAUUGAGAGAGAAAAUGAUAUGCUCAUGGAGAAAAUCGCACACAUCAUGAGGACAACCGGAGCAGUUGACAACAAGAUGUAUUAUGACAGGAAAAGCACAAAGAAGCGGCAGCAAGAGUUGCUCCGUAUUACCAAGGAGAAUGAAAGGAUCCUGUCACGUGUGAGCCAGUGCAGGCCUCACUACAAUGUUCAAAGCUGGCAUGAGGACUGGCUCAAAACCCUCAAGAUGAUGGACAGAAUUACACGUUACCCACAACGAAGAGCAAAUUAUCAGAAGGGUCAAUACCAAGGGCAAGAAAUGCUCAGCAGGAGGAGCACUGGUUGUGAUGAAGAAGAAAAGAUCAGCAGUGAUGCAAGCAACCAUACAAAUGGCAAAGCAACAUCUGAGGAGAAUGAGAAAAGUAGAGACACAGAAGAGACGGCAUCUGAAACACAGCAGGAUAUAGACACACAGCCGUUUUCUGAACCAGAUGUGGAGGAAUAAUACAGUUCAGAUUAUCACUGAAGAACAGCCUCAGACUGUCUAAAUAUCUGCAUCUGAAAUAUCCAAAACUCUGAAAACACCAAACACAAAACAGCAGGCCACAAGCACAGGAAAGCUAAAUUCCUGUUGCGCAAUAAAGUUGUACUUUCCUUGCA